AUGAAGACAUUCUCAGUCUCACUCGUUAUCGCGGCCUUCGCUGCCGGUGCCCUGGCAGACCUUCAUACACAAGGUGUCUGUAUCGAUACCCCUGGUGAAGGAGUAGAAGUCUACAACAAAGCUGCUACUGAGAAGGCAUGCGAUGCUUAUAAAAACCGAAACACCGGCAGCAAUCAAUGGGAUCAAUGCCCCGAUUGUACACUCAAGAACGAAAAAGACUUGUUGUACUACUGCGAGUCUCAGGGGAGCCACAUCGGAGGAGAUGAGUUGCAUUAUUACUGUACACAAAAUGGCGCUGCUGAUAGUGUGGUUUGGUAG